AUGCUCCCCAUACGGACCGUUCAUACACGUCGUGGGGAAUUAUAUAAUAAAUGCUACCGACUACUCGGUGUAAGCGAAGACGCCGACCAGAACAGCGUCCGGCAAGCGUACCUGAAGCUGGUGAAAAAACUCCAUCCAGACAGCGGCCACCCGGAAUCGAGCGCCGAAGCGUUCCAUGAAGUCGACACGGCUUUCCGUGUGUUGCAGGAAAAGUUUGCCAAAGCGCGCCGAGGCAUCGUCGAGGACUUGCAGGAACAAGUCAAAGUAUUCGACAUCAAGCACACCGCUCCGCAACACCGUCAGUAUCUUAGCUUUGACGGGGUCGGUUUCGGUACGCCAUCCCAAAGGCAAAAGCAGUAUCAAGUGGUACGUGCAGCGAAAGCACAAGAGCGCGUUCUCGAACACCGGCUCUCAAAGGCGCAAGCAUCCGAGGCGGCCCUCAUGAAGAAAGGGGAGUACUUUAAGAAGCAUGAAAUCAAAACAAAGUACGGCUACGAUCGCGUCGUAGAGGACCUCAUCCAGGAGGCGAUGUCGCGAGGUGACUUCACCAACCUGUCCGGGUUCGGCAAACCGCUGCCCGACCACCAGUCACAGAACCCGUACGUCGACUUCACCACGCACAAGAUGAACAAAAUCAUGCUUGACAAUGGGUUCACCCCGGAGUGGAUCACUCUGCACAAGGACAUCCGGCAGGCGGUGGAUAGUCUGCGGGAGGAUUUGCGCCGGGAUCGCACCAAGCUUGGUCCUGUUCCGUUGGCCGUGCACGAGGAACACCAAUGGGAGAAGUGGUUGGCCGAGCAACAUGAGACGGUGGCCAGGAUCAACAAAAUGAUCGACAAAUUCAACUUGAUCGUGCCUAUGAUGAACAAACAGAUGGUCCGUCUGGAUCUGGAGCGUAUUGGAGGUGAAAUUCUUGCAAAAACCCCUUGCACAAGUCCCCCGGCGCAGGGGAUAACAAAGGAAAAACCCGUCAGCACAGGGACGUCAAACGAUCCCUCGAAUAGGUCAAGUAUUUUAGGCUUUAUUGGUUCCUUGUUUGGUUAA